AAGCAAAUAUAGAAUUUAUUUUUUAGUUGUCUAUAAAGUACAUAUUUGGUGUUUCAAGGCAUUUUGUCAUAAGCAUUUUUGACAGUGUUAAUUCCUCUCUUCUCAUUUUGUCAUACCUAGUUUUCUUCUUCUUCUUCUUCUACAUAUUAUCUUCAAAAACAAAAAGCCAUGGGAUCCUUUGGCCAUUUCUUCCAAAAUGCAAUGCCUUACAUCGCAGUCAUCUCCCUUCAAUUCGGCUACGCUGGACUGAACAUCCUAUCUGCCAUCGCCCUCAAUGGUGGUAUGAGUCACUACGUUCUUGUCGUCUACCGUCAGGUCUUUGCGACUGUGAUCAUGGCGCCCUUUGCUCUCAUUCUCGAGAGGAAAUUUAGACCAAAGAUUACAUUUAAGAUUUUCAUUCAGAUAUUCGUUCUUGCUCUUCUUGGGCCAUUGCUUGACCAAAACUUAUACUACAUGGGGCUAAAAAUGACAUCUCCAACAAUCGCUUGCGCCAUAGUCAACAUGCUUCCUUCGGUGACAUUCGCUAUGGCAGUCAUUUGCAAGAUAGAAAAGUUGGACUUGAAAAGAGUGAGAUGUCGAGCGAAAUUGUUGGGAACAAUAGUGACCCUAGGUGGAGCCAUGUUGAUGACAUUUUAUAAAGGAAAUGCCGUCAACUUUCUCGGCACAAAGCACGGCCGCCAACCGAACACACCAUCCACGGCCGUGCUCAAUCACCACAACCAGGGAGAGUAUAUCAAAGGCUCCAUUUUGCUCAUCAUCUCCACUUUGGCUUGGGCAGCCUUCUUCAUCCUCCAAACAAUAACCUUGAGAAAAUACACAGCCCAUCUUUCUCUCACCACCUUGGUUUGCUUUCUGGGAACCCUUCAGGCCACUGUUGCCACCUUUGCCAUAGAGCGUCGCCUCUCCGCCUGGGCCAUCGGUUGGGAUUGGAACCUUCUAGCAUCAGCUUAUGCAGGCAUUGUGUCAUCAGGGGUGGCAUAUUAUGUUCAAGGUUUGGUAAUGAAAACAAGAGGACCAGUUUUUGUUACAGCUUUUGGUCCUAUGGUAGUAGUGAUUGUUGCCUUCAUGGGUCAUUUCAUCUUGGCUGAAGAGAUUUAUGUUGGAGGGGUAAUUGGAUCAGUGGUGAUUAUAAUAGGGUUAUACUUUGUUUUGUGGGGAAAGUAUAAGGAAAGCAGAGAGAAGAAGGAAGAAGUUAUUGGAGAGAUUAUUGUUGAAGCAAUAAUGGAAGAAGGUGAUCAUCAUGAUCAUCAAUUGCCUAUUGUAAAUGAAGGUAUUGAAUUAGCAACUGAUCAAAAGAAAGAGGGUUUGGCCAUUACUAUUCCAUCCAUGACUUCACCUAAUAACAUGGAAAAACAGGCCUCAAGACACCAAUCAAACCAAAUCAAUAAUUAAUAAAUAAAAUAUAUUGAAGAACACUAACAAAGAAAUUAAAAAAGGGAGGAGCAGAGAAUAUUGAUGAUUAAACACUCUUUUCUUUAAAUUUGCCUUUUUUUUAUAUUCUAUUU